UAUUAUUUUGACAUUAACGAUUGGGACUUUUAUUUUGGAAUGGUCUUUACUGUUCCUGUUGUGACGCCAAUGACGUAAAGUCUUAUUUGAAGCGCUUUCUUCACGCUGGUCUCACAUGGAAACCUAAACAUGGAGAAUUCAAGCACAGGCCAGAAUCGAGAUCAAGAAUCUGAAAAAGAGAAAAUUGAAUUGGAUAUUAAUAAUACACAGUUUCAGGCUGAAACCACAUGUGAUCAGAACUUUGGUUCUCAACUUGGACCAACAGAUGAGCCAUGCACCAGUGGUCAGUCUGAACAACUAGGAGAUCAGAGCAGCAGAGGACACCCUGAUCCACCGUUGGAAACUUUUACCAGUGAUCAGUCUGGACUGACAGGAGAUCAGAGCUCAAGUGGUCAACCUGAACCAACGUCAGAAGCGUUCAUGAAUGAUCAGUCUGAACAAACAGGAGAUCAGAGCUCAAGUGGUCAACCUGAACCAACGUCAGAAGCGUUCAUGAAUGAUCAGUCUGAACAAACAGGAGAUCAGGGCACUGGUGGUUCAUCUGGACUGACAGCAGACCACUGCACCAGCAUUCAGUCUGAUCAAACUGGAGAUCAGAGCGCCAGUGGUCAACUUGAGCCAACAGGAGAACCUUUAACCAGCAAUCAGACUGGACUGGCAGGAGAUCCAAUCUCCAGCAUUCAGACUGGACCUGUAGAGAUCCAGAGUGGAAUUGUGGUUAGCCCACACUCUGGGACUGGAUCAUUGGGUCUGCUGAGCAUGCAGUACAGAGGAAACAGCUCAGAUGACAACUGUUCAGACAGUGACUCAGACUCUUCGUCCUCCACAUCCUCCUCUUCAUCAUCCUCAUCCUCUUCCUCCUCUGAGCCUUUAAAUUUAGUCAUGAACAAUGCGGAAGAUGACGAUGAAAGUGUUGCCAUGGGCAAUGAGAAAAAGCCUGCACCACUGAAAACCCAGAAUGAGCUUCUUAUCGAGGACCUUCCUGCAGUGGAGAACCUCCACAUCAGCCUUCCAGAAGGUACAGAGAUGGAGCCCAUUGGGACAAUAUCAAGUGUUGUGGAGCAAUUAGUGAUUGUGGAGUCGUACAAGAACACACCACCCCUGAAUGAAGACAGCGUGUUAUUCACCAAAAACAGAACCUCUAUUGGCAAGAUCUUUGAAGUGUUCGGUCCAGUUUGUCAGCCCUACUAUGCUUUGAGGUUCAACUCCCAUGACGAUAUCGACCAGAAAGAUCUGAAAAUUCGAGAUACAGUUUACUUCGCCCCCAAAAUUAAAGAUUUCACAGAUUACAUCUUUACACAGCUUCUCCAAGAGACCAAGGGCUCAGAUGCAUCCUGGAAAAAUGACCAAGAACCACCCCCUGAGGCACUUGAUUUUAGUGAUGAUGAGCAAGAGAGACGGGCCAAACAGAAGCUUAAAGAGCAUAAGAGACGGCCACAAAACGAUUCUGACUCAGAGGAUGAAUCGGACGCCCAUAAAGGUCCGCCCCCUCAUAAAUCCGGCCGGCGGAAGCCUCGACAGAACCGCAACGUUCCCCGUGGGCAGCAUCACAAUCGUGGCGGCGCUAUUCAUAGCAACUAUCACGCUCGCCCCCCCUUCCCACCUGACUACAUGUUCCCCCCUCCAGAUCCCAUGUUUCCCUUCCAGGGCCCAAUGAUGCAACCCUUUCCCAGACUGCCUCCCUUUCACAUGGGAAUGCCCCCGUGGCCCCCAGGGCCCAAUCAGAGCUUUAUGUUCCAGCCCCCACCUCCACCUCCACCGUAUAAUCAGUAAAGCUGUGACUGAAUCCUCUUUACAACCUGUGUCCUUAAAGGGAUCACAAUCUUUAUUCCGGUGUAUAGUAUGAGUCAAGAAUAACUGUAUAUUAUUAGACUGCAAUUUUUCAUUUUGUAUUAAAAAUGAUUAGUUUCUAAUUUUCA